GCACGAGUUCGAACUAAUCAUUCUAAAUCCCACAUCUCCGAGGGAAACAUAUCCGGACGCUGCUUUAAAUUUCAUCAAUCCCACUCAGUGAAAGCACACCAUGUCCUUGCUAUACAACAACCUUCACCAUCACCAUCACCACCAAAACCAAUCCCAACCACAACAUCUCCCCAUGUCCUUGGACCAAGAGACUCCAAUGUCUCGGACUCACCAGUACCGCAAGGUUAUGAAACCUCUAUUGGAACGGAAACGUCGUGCCCGGAUCAAUAAGUGCUUGGAUGAGCUCAAGGAUCUCAUGGUAUACGCCGUUCAAGCUGAAGGCGAAUCCAUAACCAAAUUGGAGAAGGCCGAUGUGCUGGAACUAACAGUACAACACCUAAAUAAGCUCAAACGCCAACAACAACUUCAAGCUAACCCGGCUUUGGAAGGUGACCGUUACCGAUCGGGUUUUACCGCCUGUGCUAACGAGGUUGGACGCUUUUUGGCCUCCGUUCCCGGGGUGAAUAUUCACUUGGGCACGUCCAUCAUGAGCCACUUGGGAUCCGCCAUGAGUGCCAACAAUGCCAGCCCGGUGUCCCCGGUCAAGAGCUCGCCCCUCUCAAUCCACACAUGUGCCUCCUCGCCCAUGGUAAAGCAAGAAUUUGCCAUGUCUCCAUCUACAGAUGGAGGCUACAAUUCCGGCCGUGACUCCACGCCUUCUCCCAGUUCGAUUGGAGCUCCCUCCCCCAGACCGGCAAGCACUGAGGCUGUUUGGAGACCAUUUUAAGGAUCGACCAAUCCGUUACCCUCGUUCAUUUGAUCUCAUGUUCUAAACCUUAUCUGUGAUACUCGUCUUUUUAUGAUAUGCUGUUGAAGAAAAAACCAAACGUUGAAAAAACAAAUUGAUAAUAAAGCAAUCAAACCAUCAUA